UAGAUUAGAAACAAAUAUUUCCGAAUUUACUUCAGAUCUUUCAUUUUCUACAUUAAAUAAUCUUUCAAAAAAUAGUAAUAAAUUAGAGUUAGAAUAUAAAAAAACUAAAGAGUUAGAAUUUGAACUUGAAAAAGAAACUAAAGAAUUAGAAUUUAUAGAGUUUGAAAACA